AUGUCUCAUGUCCGCUCCUCCGAUGAAAACACCAAAGCCGUUAAGGACCUUCCAAAAGCCUACAAAAAUAAACCAACCAAGAUCGAAGGUGCCAUUUCCGACCAAAUCAAGAAAAUCGUCCACGCACCGAGGACUCCAUUAAAGAGAAAGAGAGAGGAGAAAGAGGGAGAAGAUGACGGGACCGCCAGAAAAAUGGAAUGGCUCAAAGCGAAAGCAAAGGAUGCUGUGAUCCCAUCCGAGACAAACGCUGUUGUGAAGCCGGAAUAUCUUUUCAAGGAACCAGGAGCUCUCGUCUUCAAUAUCUGUAAUCCCUGCAAACAAUUCAACUCGGAGCGCCAGGGGGAAGUAGUCAAGACAGGAAUGGUCCAAAUCCCAUUGGCUUUGUGUACGGUCUGUCGACACCAUCUCAACCUUCAGCGCCAGAUCAAGUUCUUCCAGCUUGAAAUCCCAACCGUCAAGAAGGAGUUCAAUCUGUGA